AUUUGUUCCUCUCUGUUUUCCAGCUUAUAUUUUAGGUCCUGCAGAACAUUUUCCUCAUAAUAAAAGUAUUCCAUGGGGAUCUAUUCAGAGAGUAUGACAUCCAUGAUUGAGUGAGUCAGCGUUGGGGCUUUUGCAGUGUCAGUGUGUUACCAAGUGCAGGUCAUCGUUGUGUGCCAGCACUUUCUUCCUCUUCAUCCAACCCCCAGCCGACAUACUGCUUGCAUCUCAAGCUGCACAAAAAAAUUUUGAAUUGCUUUGGAUGGUGUGUCUUUCAAGUUCAACAAAUAUUCCAGCCAUGAAGAUCUUGUGGGCUUUGAGUGCAUUUGUGUUAAGUCAGGCUGCUGUAGAAUCUAAUGCUCAGACUGACUGGAUGACCUUUUUUGAUACAUGGAAGUCUCUCAAUUGCUCAUAUCCCCCCCAAAAAUAUCUGGAAGUUGCAUUAAAAGACAUGUGCUCUAACUCAAGUAUGAGCCAGGCAUCUGUGGAAGGGAUUGUGUGCUCUUUAACUAAUUCAUCUGUGCUUGAAAUCUGCAAUGCAAGCAAAGGCAAUCCAAAAAUUGCAUCAUUGUUUCCUCUCAAAACAAACAUGGAUGUAGACAGAGAUCCAUGUGCAGACAUUUCUGGACUGGGGAAUGUCACUCAAGAACAAUGUGACAAGUUAUAUAGCUCUCAUAAAGAUGUGGUUGUCUUGUUGAGCUAUUCUGUGAACAUCCUUUCCCAGUUGAAAGAUGGCCCACCUUUCCCAGCAUCAUCAUCCAUGAAUUCUGAUGAGGCAGCAAUGCUCCAAGGUCAGGGUAAAGGGAUCUCCAAGGACAUAGGAAGUGAAUCACAUGAAGCCCAGGCUGAAGCAAACAAAGCUGAUGGCAACCAAUUCAUGGAGAACUCUACAUUGCCUAGACCUUCUGUAAAUAACACUUACUCAAAUGAAGGUGACUCCCAUUUGAAAAGGGCUAAAGAAAAUGCAACAAAACUUAGUGAUGCUCCAAAAAUAAGUUCAAGACCAUUGGGAUCUCUGCCUUCAAACAGUCAAGAACAACUUCAAGCACAGGUACAGGAUGCUGUGAAGGUCUCUUCCACCACUGAAGAUGUGAAAAAAUCUCAUUUGCAGCUUAGCCCAAGUGACACUGGAAAAGGAACUACAAAGAACAACCCACAACUUCCCCAAACAACAGAUAUCACAACUGAUGAGGAGACUGAUGAUAGUAAGCAGAAAAAUGAUUAUGUGUUGCAUGAUGAAGAAGACGAAUCAAUGGCCUCUGGGGAGCAAAGUUCUGUUGCAAAGGAAUCCAUCAACUUGGACAACACAGAUGAUCGCUGGGAGAAGAAACACAUUAUUGAUACUCCUGAGGGAGAUUCUCACUUCUUCUCAUAUUUCAUCACUGUGGUUCUCAUUUGUGUCAUUGGAUAUGUCCUCCUGCACAACAAGAACAAGAUCAUUGCCCUGGUAGUGGAGGGGCGAGGGGGGCGGCAUGGGCGACGGAGGCCAAGCUCCAACAGUUAUCAGAAGUUGGACACCAACUUGGAAGAUGCCUUACGGUCAUCCCCAAGCCGAGAAACAACCAGCCAUGUCAUCUAUUAGCACAUUUGCCUUUUCCUUCAUCCUUCCCCUUUUGGGCAUGGCAUCCUUGAUGCUGCCUUGAUUCAUUGUGAUCAUUUUUGGUGAUAGUUUUUCUCCCAGUCAUUCUUUUCUUUUUAUCUUUCUUUUCCUCCCUCCUUUCUCUUCCCAUCAUUAGUACCUGUUUGCUUUCAUCAGCUUUCUUUUAUGAAUAUUUCCCAAGUUAGAUCUUGAAGGCUAAGUCAUGAACUCCAUUUCAGACAUUGCCAGAACUUCAGUGCCUUGUUCAAGAAUGACUGAGCAGAAGAUUCUUAUUGAGUGUUCUCCUGGAAUGCUAAACUUUUGCAACAUCAUGGAGAUUUGUUCUGUUUGGCUUUUUAGGAGAUUUAUGGAGUCAUAGUACAGUUACUUGGAACCACACUCUUGACAUCUCUCUUUCUCUCUUGCUUAGAAAAACUGUUAUAAUUAGAAAAAUAAAUAUUAUGGUAAAAAUCAGAUGCAAACCUGGAUGAAAAAUCAUCUGGUUGUGUAUUUUGGUAUGUGGUAUCCCUGGCUUUGGAGUUGAUGAUUUUGGAAAGGUAGAGAAUGGAAGCUUGAAUUCUCACUAGAGGAUAACUCCAGUGGACAUAUCCUACCAGUGUUUGAUACAAUGAGUUUUUGUGGGAGUGAAGUCAACCCAGAAGAUAAAAUUCUUUUGACACAUACAGGAUCAUGUUUCUCCAUUUGAAAUCUCUCAUCAAUAUUACUGAAUAUAUAUGGGGGGCAUAUGACAUGGGGCCUUUGAUGAAUUCUCAUGUAAUUUCAUUUCUCUUUUUGUUAUGAUGGAGAUCAUGAUGAUAUAAUGAUCAUGACCGAAUGCACAUGAUAUUAUACAGUGAUGGCUAAAAUUAAUGCUUCAUUUCGAUUUUUGUAUUUCAUUGACAUUUUUACAGCUGACACUACUAUAUGCAAUUUACUUACUUAUGCAUUUCAUCUGCUACACAGGUGAAGUCAAUGAAAGAUGAAAAUCCAGUGUAAUGCAAUAACUUUUGCUACCACUGUAAUUCUGUCUGCUUUGGAGGGGUGUCAUCUUUCCCAAAGGAUAUUGAAAAUUUUGCAUGAUUUUGAAGAGUUUUACUUCUAACAGGAAGUCUUGUAGUUUUGCAUUCAUUCCAAGCACAAGUUUUCAAUUAAAAAAAUAAGCAUGAUUACCACCAGAUCUUGCUUUUUUUAAUGCAGAAUGAAUUGUGUUCUUUUAUCCACCAUGAAAUCAAUAUGAAAACAAUUCUGCUUGCUUGUGUUAUUAGGGUUCUGCAUUAUUUAUACCUUGUGCACACGAGUUGUUCUUUCUGAUGUCUCAUACAUGAAAUUUGCAUUAUACUAUGGAAUCUUGCUUUAGGGAAUACUCUGGGGAUUUAGGAAUGGUUCUGUUAUAUCUAAUGCUCUUGACCAUUAUAUCUGUCUCAGCAAAGAAAAGGGAAAAUAAUUUUUGCAUAAAUUCUGCAGCAUUGCAAAAUAGACAGGUACAAUUGGGAAAAGACCAUAACAAGGGUUUUCUUUUUCCAAAAUAAACAAUAGGAUUAGAGGUCUAAAAGCAGAGGGAAGGUGUGAUUGCACUCAUUGAAGUGGGAACCAAAGGAUAGGAGGAAGUGGUUCUGAAUGGACAUGUGAGAAAAGCACAGCAAUUUUACUCUGACUACAGUCUUAUCUUUUGUGUGAACCUUCAAAAGUGGUUUGUUAUAGGUGAAGAUUCUUUUGAAUAAUAGUUGUUAUGUUGCCUGUGUUCUGCUAGAAGGGCAUAAGUGCCUCAGAGGUAACUUUUCAGUAGACAGCAAAAACUUCUGAAAAUAUGUGUAAUAGUCCUUUGGCUGUUGUAAAGGACAUAGUUAUGCCCAUUGUGAAUAGCUGUAGUGUUGGAGUGAUACCUCAGAUGCUUAUGCCUUUACAAUAUGAAAGUAGUUUACAGGAGGGAAAAGCUUAUAUUCAAGGUAUUUGACCAUCUAACAUAACACAGGUGAUAUGUAGAAGUUCAAGCCAUAGGAGUCUAUUGCAAAGUAAUGCAGAAUUCCAAUUUCAGUAGAUGAAUCUAUAUACUCAGUUUUGAGUUUCUUACAGGUGGAUUCCUCUUAUGAGUUGCCUUAAAGUUAGAUCUUGGAAAGGGGAACAUGACAUCCUAUUUUUUCAUCCUUUCUCCAAGUGAUUCUGCCUCCUCCAAUGCAUUGGAUCCCACUUGGAAACUUUGAUGCCAAUCUGAUUGAUCGAAUGCUUUAAUGAAUCCUCGGUAGAUGUUGCUAUAUGUUGAUGUUGGAAGGCCUUCAUUUCAUCCUGAUCAGUCAAUAAAUGAAAGAACAAUAUUUGGAAUCUGUUCAAGUCCAGUGUCUUUGACAUUGGAAACAUGGAAAAAUGUUUAAAAAACUGGAAAAUAAACUGAAUUAUCUCUGUGUA